CUGACUGAAGGAUCAACAACAGAAUUCUGAUCUUUAGGCAGUAAAUACACAGCUGUAGAGAGAAAAGGCAAGCGGUAGAUCAGGACCAGAGGACCACAGAGACAGAAGAACAUCUGCCAUGAGAGAAGAGGAUAGCUGUGGAGAUUUCCCCAAAGGUGGAGUGAUUCCCCGGGAUGAGGACGAGGAACGACGCAGUAAUAAAUGUCCCGUUGUCGUGACCCGAAAACGACUGACAAGCCCUAAGAAGGAGCUCAGCGCUGAUCUGCUUGCUGAAGAUAAAACCGUCACACCUUCUAUCCCUAAACGUCCCAAAAAGAGUUCUCCAUCUCCUUCAUCCUUGUCCUCGUCCUCACUGGUGCCAUUGGUGAGCUCGGUGUCUCCGCUUCCUGGUCAGCAGUUUGAGGAUCUUCACUCUCAGAGAGUCAUCGCGAACGUGCGGGAACGUCAGCGCACACAGUCUCUGAACGACGCCUUCGCCUCGCUCAGGAAAAUCAUCCCCACGCUGCCAUCCGACAAACUGAGCAAAAUUCAGAUCCUCAAACUCGCUUCGCGCUACAUCGACUUCCUCUACCAGGUGCUGCAGAGCGAUGACGGACAGAUGGACACCAAGAUGGCGAGCUGUAACUACCUGGCACACGAGAGACUGAGCUACGCCUUCUCCGUGUGGAGGAUGGAGGGAGCCUGGUCCAUGUCGGCCACUCACUAACUCCAACACCUCGUCUGAUUCACAUUAACUCUGUGAAACCAGAGACACUCAGCUGGGUUUCAUAGUUUUAAUUAAUGCUACUAGUGUUAAGCUCGCCCAAUUACCAUGACCACGCCCCUCACCCUGGCCACGCCCCCUUCACAUUAUCCUUAACAAGUCUAGUGUCCAACAAAAGUCUUUCCUCGUCUAAUCUCCAUAAUUCAG